GUAAGAUUCAAAAGAACUGAAACAUUUUGGCUACAGCUGCAGAAAUGCUACCAAAAUUUGGACUUGGCAUUUUCCUUGUCCUGGCUGUAUCUGCCUUUGAAUCAUAUCAGUAUUCACCUGUGCAGAGAAGGGUUCGUUUCUCAGCCAACAGUCCAUCGGAAGUUGCUCGCUGUAUGAGCAGUGCUCCGCAAGUGGGGUGCAGCACAUUUGCCUGCUUGGAGAAUUCCACCUGUGACACUGAUGGUAUGCAUGACAUCUGCAACAUCUUCUUCCACACAGCAGCUGUUUUCAAUACAGAGGGUAAAACUUUUGUGAAAGAGAGCAUCAAGUGCAUUGCCAACAGCAUCACCUCCAAGGUUUUUCAGACCAUUCGGCGCUGUACCAGUUUCCAGAAAAUGAUUGCUGAGGUGCAAGAGGAAUGUUAUAGCAAGCUGGACAUCUGUGCAGUGGCCCGCUCCAACCCUGAUGCCAUUGGGGAAGUGGUCCAGGUGCCUAGACAUUUUCCAAACAGGUUCUACAGCACUCUCCUACAGAGCCUAAUGGAGUGUGAUGAAGACACUGUAGAGGUUGUUCGGUCUGGGCUUGUGGCUAGACUAAGCCCUAAUAUGGCAACCAUUUUCAAACUGCUGCAGAAGAAGCCAUGUCCCCAGGACCUAAACUCUGGGCAGGCUGGUAUAGAUGGCCACGAAGGUUUUCGCUGGCCCAUAUUCAAGAUCCAAUCUAGCCUGCAUAACAGCGAUCCAAAUCAUCUCUUUGCCAAGAAACGUUCAGUUGAAGAUAAAACACUGAAUCAAUAGGAUGCUGAUAACAUUAACAACCAUGCAACCACAAAAGAGUUUUGCUGUUUAUGGUGUUUAUUGGCAUUUUUGUCAUUUAUUAUGUUUGUAAAAUACAACACUGAAGAUAAUGUAGUAAUAUAUAGUUUAUAGAAAAAGCUAAAAUAUGUUUUUAUCCACAUAGGACCAAAUAUUUUAUUUAGUUUUGCUUUUUUGCUUGUUUUGUUGUCACAGCCAAAUUCAGAGCAGAAUAGAUUGUUGCAUCUUAUAGGUACCUUAAUUCAUAUGCUGGUUAAUAUAAUGUCCUAGAUGUUCUGGUAACACAGGUAUAGCCUAAAUAUGGAUUUAUGGACAUAAAUAAAAAUUUUAAAUGAA